ACUGAUGAUGAGUGAGUGAUGGAUGAGCGGAAGACGGAGCAGGAAGGAAGGAAGAGAGAGAGAGAGAGAGAGAGAGAGAGCGAGCGAGAGUUGAGGAGAGCUGGGGUGGCCGGGUGCCGAUGGUGGUAACUUUUGCUGUAAGCGAGCGAUGAACCAACCAACCGUCCGGAGUCGCAGGCGAGGGCAGGAGCAGCAGCAGCAGCAGCAUCAUCAGCAGCAGCUUGGUGUGGUUACUUAAGGGCCGGUCUGGGCUUUCGUGCCGCGUUCCUGCGAACGACGCGCUGCGUGGGUGCAGAUGUAAAUCGAAAUUCUGGGAGGAUUUUGCGCGACAAGACAGGUAACAGCCGGAAAGGGACGCGAGAGAUAGCGCCUGAGGAAGGAAGCAAGGCAAGGCAAGGCGAGGCGAGGCGAGAGAGAAAGGAAGAAAGAGGAGGAAGGGAAGACUGCGGAAAUCGUCAAAGAGGCAGGCCUGCAGGUCUGGGGAGACCUGGUAGAGCACCGCGAACGCGGGGUGGUCGUGGGGGAGAGCAAGCGCCGAGGCAGGCAGGGAAGUGCAAUUGAGUGAUCGGGCGCGCGAGAGAGGAGAGGCAGCGGAGAUAGAGAUAGAGAUAGAGAUAGAGAGAGGGAGAGGGAGAGGGAGAGGUGGUGAGAAUCUUGGAAGAAGCUCAGUACCAGUCGUGGUAGACGAGUAUUCGUGCUGCAUACAAUGAUCAGCACCAAAGAUUGCACGGUUAUGACAGGAAACGUGCAGUCUAGACAUGGGGAGAAGCAUGCUCUCUUCGAGCAGUUUGUCCCGUUCGCGAGCACCAACUCGUCCAAGGCGAAGAGCCCAAAUUUGCCCAAUCAGUACGUAAGCAAGCUAGUGUUCCUUUUGAAGACGCUGUGAACUUGUUGCUAGGGUUGUCUUGCCCGGGCACAAAGUCUUACCAGCAGCUUGAGAAUGGAAUGCAUUGUUGAUGCUAGAAGCUGAGGAAAGUGCUGACAAUAAUGAACAAUGCCUUCCUAGGCCCGAGCGUUCUCCUUACACUCUAGACGCUGCUCGUGGCUGUCUUUUAAUUCAUCUAAACACUGCUGGUGCAGGUUGUGGUUGAACUCAACCAUGGAAGAGAAAUGCCCCCCGGUUUCGUGUUUCCACAUGGCCUAUGCAAAGAUGAAAAGUAUGCCUGUACAUGGCUUCGCAAAAUUAGUCCCCGGCGACGAUGACUGCUCCAGGACCAACAUUCCAGGUUCUGAGUCUGCUUCGUCGAUCGAAGCGGCAGACAUGGACCACAAGGAUGCCAUAGUCGCCGCCUGCCAUCUUUUAUUACUCAGCAACUCCUUGCAGAGCCAGCAGCGAGCGUGCGACUCCUACGCCGAGCAGAUGCUUCGACACGAGUACAUGAAAAGACUGCGGGAUCCCUUCGAGGAGGACUCAGACUCCUUCACCCCCACCUCGCUCACAUCGGGCGUCUCGCCCUCCAGUAACGACUGCCGCAGCUCUGGGUCGGGCUCGCAUAACAAUAUGGGCACCGAAACCUCGUCCCUGGUCACUGACAGUGAAGUCACCAGCGACUCCAAUGCGCCCGCGAGAAAACGGAAGAAGGCCACUGGCAGGCUCCUUGCAGAUAUUGUCGGGCAAGAAAGGGAAAGCGAGGUGCUGGACAGGCCCGCUCGCAAGCGCCGCUACAGAUCUCUUGCGGACCUGCUAGCCUCGUCAACCGCACUACAUUGACGAGAAAAUUUUGAGGUUCCGACGUCAGUAUGAGGCUUCACUCGCUCAAUCGAUCGGAUCAGGUCCAGCCUUCGCAAUUGCGCAAUCCGUGAACUCAUGGGCACGCACGCCUGGGACGACCAUGAGUUCCGUCGCAAGAAGCUCCCCGUACCGAUCUUGGGCGAGGCCGCACGCGGCGUCGGACGACUGUACCAUACGAGAAUCAGCUCGCCAGACGGGACUGGUUGUGUUUAUUAAGCCUUUAGUUCGGGUGGCAAGCACCACUUACAUAGGUAGAUUACAGAAUGCUCGAGACGAUGUGCCUGGCAGAAUCCAAAGCUUUGGAAGGAGACGCAUGGAUGUAUCGCUUCAGACUGGAAGCGUGCAAGUGAAGGCGCCCCAGAGAGAAGAGCGUUGCGAGUUUGUAAAUAUUGCCCUUCGCAGAAUAAUAAAAUGGUUGAAUGCGC